AGACAUCGGCGCCAUUUAAAGCGGAGAGUUUCCCGGGCGGACGCGCUUCUUCUGCUCGGCCAUUCCGCACUCCCUUCUUCGCUGACAGAAGGCGCCUAGCGGGGUGACUGCUCUUUUCUCUCCCUGUUCCCCCUCCUCCCAGUUCUUUCGGUCUUCUCUCCUCUUGGCCAGAGAAGUAGCGGAGCCCGGGCCCCGCGGUGAGCGGCCCUCCCCUCCCCACAGUUCCCUCCCUCCUCUGCCGCCGGCGCCGGCCAGAGAGGGGAAGAGGUUCGCCAGGCCCGGGGCGGGCGGGGAGGCCUCGGGGACGGGGGGGGGCCGCUCCUCAGGCUUCGAGGUUUCGAGGCUCCGGCCCUCGGCGUCUGGUGAUGGGCGCCCUGUGAGACUGGUCCCCCUCUCUGGGGCGCGUGCUGCCUGAGGCGGCGGCCGAGUGACCGGGAACCCGGGCCGCGGCCCUCCUUCCCCUGCGCGGCCCCUCCCACUCCUGUGCCCCGGGCUGCCACCGCCCGGCGUCGGGGCUCGUCCCUCGCGCUCUGUGCCUCCGCCCUCAGGGCCUAUCCCGCCGUGCUCGGCGGGCGGCGGGCGGCGGCGGCGGCGGGAGCUUAGCCGUCUUUGGCUUUCGUCGCAUCCGCUCGCCUGGGAGCCGGCCCCGCGCCCUGCCCCUCAUGACUGCGGCGCUGGUGCUGCCACAGCCCUACCGGCCACCGCUCGCUGCAGGAUGGAUGCGGACUGUGCGGCGCUAACCCCCGUGGCUCCGCUCCUGCCUCGCCCGCCGACGAGCCCGCCCCGUGAGCCGCAGCAGCAGCAGCCGCCGCAGCCGGACCCAGAGUCCCGCGUCGCCCUCGGGGCGUCUUGUCAGUGCUGAGCGGGAGUCGUCGGAGCGCUGCCCCGCACUUCUUGGUGGCUCUUCCGGGCCUCUCUUAACCCCUUUUCAUUCACGAAGCCGAGCCCGCAUUCUUGACUCCAGCGGACCGACCAUGUCUGACGGCGCCGCCGAGAAGCAGAGCGGCACCCCGGGCUUCCUUUCGCCGCCGGCGCCCGUCCCCAAGAAUGGCUCAAGCUCCGAUUCUUCCGUGGGCGAGAAACUGGGGGCCGCGGUCGCCGACUCCGGGAUGGGCAGAACCGAGGAAUACCGGCGCCGCCGUCACACUAUGGACAAGGACAGCCGUGGGGCGGCCGCCACCACCACCCCCACGGAGCACCGCUUCUUCCGCCGGAGCGUCAUCUGCGACUCGAAUGCCACCGCGCUGGAGCUGCCGGGCCUGCCCCUUUCUGUCCCCCAGCCUAGCGUGCCCGCAGUGUUGCCCCAGAGCGCUCCCCGCGAGCCUCACCGAGAGGAAACUUUGACCGCCGCCGCUGCUUCCCAGGUGUCUCAGCAGCCCUCAGCUGCUGCCUCCCCUGGGGAACAAGCCGUCGUCGGCUCGGCCACCGCGACCGUCCCCAGCAGUAUCAGCCAAGACCGCCCGGUGUCCCAGCCCAGCCCGGUGGGGAGCAAAGAGGAGCAGCCGCCGUCCAGAGGUGGAAGUGGCAGCGGCGGCGGCAGCGCUAAAGAGCUGCAGGAGGAACGCCACCAGCAACAGGAUGACAUCGAAGAGCUGGAGACCAAGGCCGUGGGAAUGUCCAAUGACGGGCGCUUCCUCAAAUUUGAUAUCGAAAUCGGCAGAGGGUCCUUUAAGACGGUCUACAAAGGUCUGGACACCGAGACCACAGUGGAAGUCGCCUGGUGUGAAUUGCAGGAUCGAAAGUUAACAAAGUCUGAAAGGCAGAGAUUCAAAGAAGAGGCAGAAAUGUUAAAGGGUCUUCAACAUCCCAACAUUGUUCGAUUCUAUGACUCCUGGGAAUCCACAGUAAAAGGAAAAAAAUGCAUUGUUUUAGUGACUGAACUAAUGACAUCUGGAACACUUAAAACGUACUUAAAAAGGUUUAAAGUGAUGAAGAUCAAAGUUCUAAGAAGCUGGUGUCGGCAAAUCCUUAAAGGACUUCAGUUUUUGCACACACGAACACCACCAAUUAUUCACCGGGACCUUAAAUGUGACAACAUUUUUAUCACUGGUCCUACGGGUUCAGUCAAGAUUGGAGACCUUGGUCUGGCAACUCUAAAGCGGGCUUCCUUUGCCAAGAGUGUGAUAGGUACUCCGGAGUUCAUGGCUCCUGAGAUGUAUGAGGAAAAAUAUGACGAAUCUGUUGAUGUUUAUGCUUUUGGGAUGUGCAUGCUUGAGAUGGCUACAUCUGAAUAUCCAUACUCAGAGUGCCAAAAUGCUGCGCAGAUCUACCGUCGAGUGACCAGUGGAGUGAAGCCAGCCAGUUUUGACAAAGUAGCAAUUCCUGAAGUGAAGGAAAUUAUUGAAGGAUGUAUCCGACAAAAUAAAGAUGAAAGAUAUUCCAUCAAAGACCUUUUGAACCAUGCCUUUUUCCAGGAGGAAACAGGGGUACGGGUAGAAUUAGCAGAAGAAGAUGAUGGAGAAAAGAUAGCUAUUAAAUUAUGGCUGCGUAUUGAAGAUAUUAAGAAAUUAAAGGGAAAAUACAAAGACAAUGAAGCUAUUGAAUUUUCCUUUGAUUUGGAGAGGGAUGUACCAGAAGAUGUUGCUCAAGAAAUGGUGGAGUCUGGGUAUGUCUGUGAAGGUGAUCACAAGACCAUGGCUAAAGCUAUCAAAGACAGGGUGUCAUUAAUUAAGAGAAAACGAGAGCAGCGGCAGUUGGUGCGAGAGGAGCAAGAAAAAAGAAAACAGGAAGAGAGCAGUCUCAAACAGCAGAAUGAACAACCACCAAGUGUUUCCCAAGCAGGAAUUCAGCAACUCUCUUCUGCUAGCACUGGCAUACCAACUGCUCCCACCACUUCUGCUUCAGUUUCUACACAAGUAGAGCCUGAAGAACCCGAGGCAGAUCAACAUCAACAGCUACAGUAUCAGCAGCCUAGUAUAUCUGUGUUAUCUGAUGGAACAGUUGACAGCGGUCAGGGAUCAUCUGUCUUCACAGAAUCUCGAGUGAGCAGCCAACAGACAGUUUCCUAUGGCUCCCAACAUGAACAGGCACAUUCUACUGGCACAGCACCGGGGCAUACAGCUUCUAGUAUCCAAGCACAAUCUCAGCCUCAUGGGGUGUAUCCACCCUCAAGUAUGCCUCAGUCCAUGGCGCAUCCGUGUGGGGGGACCCCAACAUACCCAGAAUCACAGAUAUUUUUCCCAACUAUUCAUGAACGUCCAGUUUCUUUUUCACCACCUCCCACCUGUCCACCGAAAGUAGCCAUUUCCCAACGACGUAAGAGCACCUCCUUCCUGGAAGCCCAAACUCGCCACUUUCAACCCCUGCUGAGGACUGUUGGCCAAAAUCUUCUUCCACCUGGUGGCAGCCCAACUAACUGGACACCAGAGGCCAUAGUUAUGUUUGGUACUACAGCCGGUAGAGUAAAUAGAGAUCUAUGUGAGAUGCAGGCCCAACCUGUGUUUGAGCCAGCCCAGAUUUACAGUGACUAUAGACCUGGACUAGUACUGGCAGAAGAAGCUCACUAUUUUAUUCCUCAGGAAACAGUAUAUCUAGCUGGGGUGCAUUACCAGACCCAGGUGGCAGGACAGUAUGAGGGCAUUUCAUACAACUCACCAGUACUGUCAAGUCCUAUGAAACAGAUACCUGAACAGAAGCCAGUGCCCGGGGGCCCUGCCUCAAGUUCUGUCUUUGAAUUUCCAUCUGGACAGGCUUUCCUGGUAGGACACCUUCAGAAUUUAAGAUUAGAUUCUGGACCGAGUCCAGCAUCACCCCUCUCUAGUAUUUCUGCGCCUAACAGUACAGAUGCUACACAUUUGAAAUUUCACCCUGUCUUUGUUCCUCAUUCUGCACCAGCUGUGUUAACUCAUAACAGUGAGAACAGAAGCAACUGUGUAUUUGAAUUUCAUGCUCAAACACCAAGUUCUUCUUCAGGAGAAGGAGGUGGGAUUUUACCUCAACGUGUUUACCGAAAUCGACAGGUUGCAGUGGACUCAAGUCAGGAAGAACUGCCUCCUCAGUCAGUUGGAUUGCAUUGCCACCUGCAGCCUGUUACUGAAGAACAGCGUAAUAACCAUGCCCCAGAAUUGACCAUUUCUGUGGUUGAGCCUAUGGGACAGAACUGGCCAAUAGGAAGCCCAGAAUAUUCAAGUGAUUCCUCUCAAAUUACUUCUUCAGAUCUCAGUGAUUUUCAAUCACCUCCCCCUACAGGGGGAACAGCUGCACCUUUUGGCUCUGACGUCUCAUUGCCCUUUAUUCGCCUGCCUCAGACAGUGUUACAAGAAUCCCCACUUUUCUUCUGUUUCCCCCAAGGAACCACAACUCAGCAGGUCUUAUCUGCCUCAUAUUCUUCAGGAGGAUCUACACUCCAUCCACAGGCACAGGGGCAGAGCCAAGGCCAGCCAUCAAGUAGCUUAGCAGGGGUUCUAUCUUCACAACCUGUCCAACAUCCUCAACAGCAACCAGGAAUACAGCCAACUGCUGCUCCUCAACAGGCAGUACAGUAUUCACUUCCACAGGUAGCAUCUUCCAGUGAAGGCACUACUGCACAGCCUCAAGCUCCACAAGUUUUGCCUCAAGUGUCAGCUGGAACACAGGGCUUCCCAUCUCGACUGCCACCACAAUACCCAGGAGAUUCAAAUAUUGUUCCCUCUUCCAACGUGGCUUCUGUUUGCAUCCAUUCUACAGUCCUAGCCCCUCCUCCUAUGCCGACAGAAGCCUUGGCCACCCAAGGUUACUUUCCUACAGUAGUGCAGCCUUUUGUGGAAUCAAAUCUUUUGGUUCCUAUGGGCAGUGUAGGAGGACAGGUUCAAGUGUCCCAACCAGCAGUGAGUUUAACACAACAACCCCCCACUACAUCCUCCCAGCAAGCAGCCCUGGAGAGUACUCAGGGAGUCUCUCAGACUGUUCCUCCAGAACCAACUCCAAUAACACAGUCACAACCAACCCAGCCUGUCACAUUGGUUUCAAAUGUAGACAGUGCACAUUCAGAUGUUGCUUCAGGAAUGAGUGAUGGCAAUGAGAAUGCUCCAUCAUCCAGUGGGAGGCAUGAAGGAAGAGCGACAAAACGUCAUUAUCGAAAAUCUGUAAGAAGUCGCUCUCGUCAUGAAAAGACUUCUCGCCCAAAACUGAGGAUUUUAAAUGUUUCAAAUAAAGGAGAUCGAGUAGUAGAAUGUCAAUUAGAAACUCAUAAUCGGAAAAUGGUUACAUUCAGAUUUGACCUAGAUGGUGACAACCCUGAAGAGAUAGCAACAAUUAUGGUGAACAAUGACUUCAUUCUAGCAAUAGAAAGAGAAUCUUUUGUGGCUCAAGUGCGAGAAAUUAUUGAAAAAGCUGAUGAAAUGCUAAGUGAGGAUGUCAGUGUGGAGCCUGAGGGUGACCAGGGAUUGGAGAAUCUGCAAGGAAAGGAUGAAUACGGUUUCUCAGGUUCUCAGAAAUUAGAAGGAGAGUUCAAGCAACCAAUUGCUGUAUCUUCCAUGCCACAGCAGACUGGUGUUCCUACCAGUUCUUUAACUCAAGUUGUUCAUUCUGCCGGAAGACGGUUUAUAGUGAGUCCUGUGCCCGAAAGUAGGUUACGAGAGUCAAAAGUUUUCACCAGUGAAACAUCAGAUACAGUUGCUGCUACAUCUCAGGGCCCUGGAAUGAACUUAUCUCACUCUGCUUCAUCCCUUAGUCUCCAGCAGGCUUUUUCUGAACUUAAACAUGCCCAAAUGACUGAAGGACCCAAUACAGCACCUCCAAAUUUCAAUCACACAGGACCAACAUUUCCUCCUUUCUUGACUGGCAUUGCUGGUGGCCCAACUGUAGCAGCAUCCUCACCACCAGUAUCAGUCCCUAUAACCAGCAGUCCUCUUACUGACAUGUCCACAUCAGUAAUGCAGUCUGAGGCUGCAUUACCGACUGAAAAAGGCAUUGUCGGAGUUAACACCAGCACAGGUGUGAUAACUUCAAGUGGUCUCACCCCAUUGUCUGUGCCACCAACACUUUCCAGUGUGGUUUCCAGUUCUACAGUACCUACAGUUGUUGCGGUGUCUACAACAUCCCAGCCAGUUCAGGCUCCCACAUCUGGGAGCAUUGUUUCUAGUACAGGCAGUUUUCCUUCUGGGACAUUUUCCACAACUUCAGCUACCACAGUGGCUAGUGUGACUGCCCCAAAUGCUAAGCCUCCAGCUGUAUUAUUGCAACAGAUAGCAGGCAGUACUGCUGGGGUAACCAUAGUGACAUCAGUCUCUACUAGCACUCCAUUCCCAGGCACAGCUUCACAGCCAUCCCUUCCUCUUAGUAGCAGCACCUCUGCUCCCACUUUAGCGGAAACUGUGGUGGUUAGUGCACACUCACUAGACAAGGCAUCUCACAGUAGCACCACAGGAUUGACUUUAUCCUUUUGUGCACCAUCCUCUUCUUCCUCCUCUGGAACAGCAGUGUCUAGUUCUGUUUCUCAGCCUGGUGUGGUAAAUCCUUUGGUCAUCUCAUCAGCUGUAGCUUCUACACCUGUCCUCCCCCAACCAACAGGACCUACUUCUACACCUUUAUUACCCCAAGUACCUAAUAUCCCACCCUUGGUACAACCUGUUACCAAUGUCCCUGCUGUACAGCAAACGCUCAUUCAUAGUCAGCCUCAACCAGCUUUGCUCCCCAACCAGCCUCACACUCACUGUCUAGAAAUGGAUGCUGAUACCCAAUCCAAAGCUCCUGGGAUCGAUGACAUAAAGACUCUGGAGGAAAAACUGAGAUCUCUCUUUAGUGAACACAGCUCAUCUGGAACUCAGCAUGCUUCUGUCCCACUAGAGACACCUUUGGUAGUAGAGACCACUGUCACACCAGGCAUCCCCACCACUGCUAUAGCACCAAGCAAACUCAUGACUUCCACUACGAGCACUUGCUUACCACCCACCAAUUUACCAUUAGGAGCAAUUGGCUUGCCAGUUAUGCCAGUGGGCACACCUGGACAAGUUUCUACCCCAGGCACACAUGCUUCAGCCCCAGUCAGCACUGCAACAGGAGCAAAACCUGGAACAACUCCCCCAAAGACAUCUUUAGCUAAGACUGUGGUGCCACCAGUGGGUCCUGAACUUCCAGCUGGUACUCUAUCCUGUGAGCAGCUGACACCUUUUCCUGGGCCUUCUCUAACUCAGUCCCAGCAACCAUUAGAAGAUCUUGAUGCCCAAUUGAGAAGAACACUUAGUCCAGAGACUAUUACCGUGACAUCUGCUGUUGGUCCUGUGUCCACGAUGGCUUCAACAGCAGUUACAGAAGCAGGAACACAGCCUCAAAAGGAUGCCACUGAAGGCCAUGUCCUUGCAACUAGUUUAGGAGCUGGUGUUGUUAAGAUGGGGCGAUUUCAGGUUUCAGUUACAACGGAUGAUGCUCAGAAAGAGCGUAAAAAUAGGUCAGAAGAUACAAAGUCGGUUCAUUUUGAAUCUAGCACAUCAGAGUCAUCAGUUCUUUCAAGUAGUAGUCCAGAGAGUACUCUGGUAAAGCCAGAGCCUAAUGGAAUAACCAUCCCUGGCAUCUCCUUAGAUGUGCCAGAUGGCAUCCACAAAACACCUGCCCCAGAAGCAAAGUCAGAAACCGGGCAGCCUACCAAGGUUGGGCGUUUUCAGGUGACAACUACAGCAAACAAAGUAGGUCGUUUCUCUGUUUCAAGAACUGAGGACAAGGUCACAGAACUCAAAAAAGAGGGACCAGUGACCUCUCCUCCUUUCAGAGAUUCAGAACAAACUGUUAGUCCUGUUGUGAUACCAAAGAAGGAGAAGCCUGAGCUGGCAGAGCCUUCCCAUCUGAAUGGGCCCUCUUCUGACUUGGAGGCUGCCUUUCUUAGUAGGGGUGCAGAGGAUGGCUCAGGUAGUCCACAGUCUCCGCCUCACCUGUGUUCAAAGAGCCUUCCUAUCCAGAAUCUAAGUCAGAGCCUUAGUAAUUCAUUCAACUCCUCUUACAUGAGUAGUGACAAUGAGUCAGACAUUGAAGAUGAAGACUUAAGGUUAGAACUGCGACGACUCAGAGAAAAACAUCUUAAAGAAAUUCAGGACCUGCAGAGUCGCCAGAAACAUGAAAUUGAAUCUUUGUAUACCAAACUGGGCAAGGUUCCUCCAGCUGUCAUUAUUCCCCCAGCUGCUCCUCUGUCAGGGAGAAGAAGGAGACCUACCAAAAGCAAAGGCAGUAAAUCUAGUCGCAGCAGCUCACUGGGCAAUAAAAGUCCACAGCUUUCAGGUAACCUGUCUGGUCAGAGUGGAACUUCAGUUUUACACCCCCAACAGACCCUCCACCCCCCAGGCAACACCCCAGAGACUGGACACAACCAGCUGUUACAGCCUCUUAAGCCAUCUCCUUCCAGUGACAACCUCUAUUCAGCCUUCACCAGUGAUGGUGCCAUUUCAGUACCAAGCCUUUCUGCUCCAGGUCAAGGGACCAGCAGCACAAAUACUGUUGGGGGAACAGUGAGUAGCCAGGCUGCCCAGGCUCAGCCACCUGCCAUGACUUCCAGUAGGAAGGGCACCUUCACAGAUGACCUGCACAAGUUGGUAGACAACUGGGCCCGAGAUGCCAUGAAUCUUUCCGGCAGGAGAGGGAGCAAAGGACACAUGAAUUAUGAAGGCCCUGGAAUGGCAAGGAAGUUCUCUGCUCCUGGGCAGCUGUGCAUUUCCAUGACCUCAAACCUGGGUGGCUCAGCCCCCAUCUCUGCAGCAUCUGCUACCUCUUUAGGUCACUUCACCAAGUCCAUGUGCCCCCCACAGCAGUAUGGUUUUCCAGCUGCCCCAUUUGGCACUCAGUGGAGUGGAACAGGUGGCCCAGCGCCACAGCCACUUGGCCAGUUCCAACCUGUAGGAACUGCUUCCUUGCAGAAUUUCAACAUCAGCAAUUUGCAGAAGUCCAUCAGCAAUCCCCCAGGUUCCAAUCUGCGGACCACUUAGUCAGACAUGAACAUGUUAACUAAAUAGAUUUGGGGGCAGGAGAUGGAAUGCUGGGGGUUGGGGGGUUGGGGAAGUAGCCUAUAUACUAACUACUAGUGCUGCAUUUAACUGGUUAUUUCUUGCCAGAAGGAAUGUUUUUAAUAUCAUUUUGAGCCCUUAGAAUGGAGAACCACCCUCCCUCUCCAUUUGUUGGAGUUCAAAAAGAAGAAAGAGCAGCUUUCUGGUGGAGGGGUUUGCCUGAGACUGCUUUCCUGUUUCUGUACCCACCAGUAAGGCCUAGAGCUAGAAGAGAGCCUUGUUACCAGAUCACCCCAAGAGCUCAAUGUAAGCUAAACCCCAUAUAUAUCUGUGAGUGGGGUAGAGCUCUUAAUUUUGACAUAUGCUCCAAAUUCUUUACUCCCACAAGAAUGCACACCUUAAGACAAGAAGGUUCUCUCCCACUCUGAUCCCUACCCCCACGUUCUUUUUUUUCCUUUACAACCUAGUGAAAAAUAAAUACCAGGGGACUGGGGUUGCAACCCUUUCUUAUAUAGGUCAUUAAUGCUUUAAGCAAGAUAUUAGCAGCUUUGACUGCAGCAUUAGCAAUUAGGGAAAACAAUGACGUUCCCUGAGGACAUGUAAUUUUGCCAUCAGUUUUGAUGUGGAAACACUGUGAUAUAUAAAUGUUGUUGGACAACAUUAGUUUUAAGAGUAAAAUUUGAAAGGUUUAAAAGGUUCACAUACACACACACACAAAAAAAAAAGCUAGCUCUGUCCAUUACUUAUUAAGACACUUUAACUUUUUCCUUUGUAUUUCCAUUGUAUUAGAUAAAUAAAUGUGAAUGUAAAAUUGUAUAAAUUACUGUACUUGAAUACUUCUGUUCUCCCAGUAUUGCUUGCUGGAUAUUUUAGUGCCUUGGACUUCUCUUGCUUCUGCUGUUAGCAUCAACUUACCAGACCCCAGGUCACCAAAGGGUAUGUGGAAAGAAAUCUUAGGUCCAUAUGACCCCAGCAGUGGAUAUGCCAAAGGGAAAAUGAAAGUGGGUUUGUUGUUGUUGUUGUUGUUUUUGUUGUUUUUUUUUUCAAUCGUUCAAACAGUUUUGCCUAGAGCAGGUGUGAUAUGAGCACAGUGAGAAGUUGGCAUCAGAGGUUGAAAACAAACUUCUGUUUCAGAAAGAAUGAGGGGGGUUAUGAGCUGUGUGAAAGAUAAGGACCAGAGGCGUGGGGACAAGCUUGUUUGAAGUGAUGCCUGGCCAGUGAACUAACAAAACCUAGAAGAUAUUCAACAAAAUGAGAUGGGAGCGGGCUAGAUUCUAAGUUGGGAAGGAUGGCAGUGCCAAGUCAAAGAUGGAAAAUGUUCUAAGGAAACCUGCUUGGUUGUUUCCACCUCUUGUACAGGUACCACACAUUUCUCCACUUGAAGUACUGUAUUGUGGAAAAUGGACCCACUUCUGACUUUCUAAGCAUUGUAGGAAAAAGUGCUUCUUUCCUUUCCUACCCUUCUACAAUGUCCAAAUGGUUGCACAGUCAGAAUCUGUGCCACCUGUACUUCUGUAUUAGAACUAAUACUCUCACAGUUUCAUACCCAUAUUCCCAAAUAACUACAACCAACCAGUAUUAUCUAGUACUACGCCUAGUUGUAACAGGCAGUUUUCUGUCAAUACCUAAUUGGCUGUUUGGGAUCUGAAUACUCUGAGAGAGAAGUAGAAGUCCUCGUUUCUUGGGUGCUUCCCCCUUGACCCUGGUUGGGAACUGACACAUUUCCAACCUCUUUGACACAUCCCAGGAGUUACACACUAGACACUGGCUACCUGCACCCUUCUUUAAGAGUCCUGUUCUUUUUAAGUUGGUCUAGGCCAAAAGAUACACAUGAAAGCUGAAAGUUUUAGGAGAGGGAGGUGAAAAGAGCAUGGUUUUUCUUUCAGAUCCUGCUACCAAAGUGUUGACUCAUUUAUUCCUUUUGGGAGAGGGUGAGAGGUGCUGUGGAAAUGAGACGGGUUGUAGGAUGGGUGAGAGUGCUUUGUACCAGUGUAGAGGGAGCCAGAUGCAGCGUGUUGUUGGUUUUGGUUUUAGUCAUCUUGAGGUCUUUUCCCCAUUCACAAAAGUUUAUUUACUGUUGAUUUUUUGCCCUCCUGUGGAUGAAAUAACUGAAGCCUAGAGAAACGAGCUAGUGCUACUGAACUGUUUAAAUUAUUUUUGUGUUAAUAGUACACUUUGAGUACCUUUUUCCACAUUUAAAAAGAACUUUCCGAAUUAUAAAUGUUUUCCUUACGUUAUUUAACAAUGUACACUGUAUAAAACUGAAUUCAAACCUUGGGGUUUCUCAGCAGCCGUUAACUGUACAUUUUGCACUAACUCCGGGUGUUGCGCUUCUUGUAAGAUUGCGCUUUGUGCUUCAGUUUGUUACCUUUGUAGACUUAUUUAAUGAAACCAUUCAAAUAAACCAAACUUGCUUUUGUUGA